AAUGCUUUCUGGAAGACAGCUUCAGACACACUGCGAGGACGCUGCCUCCACUCGCCAAGCAGAAUGCUCUGAAGAGUUGCUGAGGCGGAACUGCAACCAUGGCUCGCCUCAGAGAAGCAGCUGGAGUGGCCGCUAAUGACGCCUGACACAGAAAGACGAUGCUCCUUUAACUCGGGGUUUCAACGGGAAGUUUCUAAGCCUGAAACAACAGCUUUAGACCUGGGGUGUGCCACCAGCUGCCUGCAGCUACCAUUGUCUGCUGCUUUCACCGGCUGGUCAGGAAGAACGGGAACUAAAGAGCCUCGUAACUACCUGUAACUGUUCCUCCAGGAAAUGGAUCAAGUGUUUGUUCAGCCAGAUCCAGUAUUAAAAUUAAACUUUAUUUCCUGAGCACACACAAAUGGACCUGCCAAAGGGAAGACACAGAUGUGCCGCAUGAUGGGAAAAGCCGGUCAGGAUUAAGAUGCUAUAACGCAGCGUCUGCGGGGUGCAGCCACCAUGCACACAGCGGACCGAUGAUGGACGAAAGGGAAACCGCAAGAUCCUGCACCUUGGCUUCCCUGGACCAUGGAUGGAGGACAGCCCGCCCCUUCUCCGCUGCCGCCCCUUGGGAACCUGUCGUCAGAUUCUAGCAUGUCUCUGGAGCAGAAAACGACGUUUGUUUUUGUUAUUUUGUUGUUUAUUUUCUUGGGCAUCCUUAUCGUCAGGUGCUUCCGGAUUCUGCUGGACCCGUAUCGGAGCAUGCCGACCUCGACCUGGGCGGACGGGCUUGAAGGCCUGGAGAAAGGGCAGUUCGACCAUGCCCUCGCUUAG